AGAGAGAGAGAGAGAGAGAGAGCAGUGAACUGUGAAGCAAACUGUUGGAAACUCGAAGACUGAGAGAUUCCUGUUGUGGGUUGUUCACGUCGCUGCAGCCUCUCCCCGCAUUUUAUGACAAAGGACAGCAGCUUGAGUCGCUCCUCAGAGCGUGAUGGGAUGACGACUGAAGCAUAGCAACAGGACCUCAGGGCAGUUGCUGUGGAAAAAGAUGCAACCACGUGUGCUGGACAUAACACCGAAAGUUUGCGGUGCGCCUCUUUAGAGUUUCCUGCUGUUACAUGGUAACACAGAGCUAAAGGCAAGAGGGUGUUGAAGAUGGCAGUGUGGAUUCAGGCCCAGCAGCUCCAGGGAGAUGCUCUGCACCAGAUGCAGUCUCUGUAUGGUCAGCACUUCCCCAUUGAGGUGCGACAUUAUCUGUCCCAGUGGAUAGAAGGCCAGCUCUGGGAUGCUGUAGACCUGGAGAACCCACAGGAGGAAUUCAAGGCCAAACGCCUGCUGGACAGUCUGAUCCAGGAGCUUCAGAACAAGGCCGAGCACCAGGUGGGAGAGGAUGGCUUCCUACUCAAAAUCAAACUGGGACACUACGCCAGCCAGCUCAAGAGCACGUAUGACCGCUGUCCUCUGGAGUUGGUCCGAUGCAUCAAACACAUCCUCUACACAGAGCAGAGGCUCGUCAGAGAGGCCACCAAUUCGAGCUCUCCGGUGGUCGGGAUGAUGGACAGCAUGUCUCAGAAAUACCAACAAAUCAACCAAGCUUUUGAGGAGCUUCGCCUGUUGACCCAGGACACUGAGAAUGAUCUGCGCAAGCUCCAGCACAACCAGGAGUACUUCAUCAUCCAGUACCAGGAGAGUCUCCGCAUCCAGGCUCAGCUGACCAGCCUGGCCACGCUUCCCCCUGCUGACCGACAGCUACGGGAGCCCGCCCUUCUCAGCAAGAGAGCCACUGUGGAGACAUGGCUGACCAGAGAGGCCAACACACUACAGAAAUACAGACUGGACCUGGCAGAGAAGCACCAGAAAACACUGCAGCUGUUGAGGAAGCAGCAGACCAUAAUUCUGGAUGACGAGCUGAUCCAGUGGAAGAGACGGCAACAGCUGGCAGGCAACGGGGGCCCGCCGGAGGGAAGCCUGGACAUCCUGCAGUCCUGGUGUGAGAAGCUGGCAGAAACUAUCUGGCAAAAUAGGCAGCAGAUUCGGAGGGCAGAGCACCUCAGACAACAGCUGCCCAUCCCCGGCCCCAUUGAAGAGCUCCUCAACGAGCUCAACAGUACUAUCACAGAUAUCAUCUCAGCAUUGGUCACCAGUACCUUCAUCAUUGAGAAACAGCCUCCACAGGUGCUAAAAACCCAAACCAAGUUUGCUGCUACGGUGCGCCUCCUAGUGGGUGGGAAAUUGAACGUGCACAUGAACCCUCCACAGGUCAAAGCCACCAUCAUUAGUGAACAGCAAGCCAAGGCCCUGCUGAAGAACGAGAACACAAGGAAUGACAGCAGUGGGGAAAUUCUCAACAAUAACUGUGUGAUGGAGUACCACCAGACUACAGGCACUCUCAGCGCUCACUUCAGAAACAUGUCUUUGAAGAGGAUCAAGCGAUCUGACAGGCGAGGAGCAGAAUCUGUCACAGAAGAGAAGUUCACCAUUCUGUUCGAGUCCCAGUUUAGUGUUGGAGGCAAUGAGCUUGUCUUUCAAGUAAAGACAUUAUCACUUCCUGUAGUGGUGAUAGUUCACGGUAGCCAAGACAAUAAUGCCACAGCAACUGUAUUGUGGGACAACGCUUUUGCAGAGCCGGGACGGGUGCCUUUCCUUGUGCCAGACAAGGUGCUUUGGCCUCAGCUGUGUGAUGCCAUCAACAUGAAGUACAAGGCUGAGGUGCAGAGUAACCGAGGCCUGUCUGAGGAGAACCUGGUCUUCCUGGCUCAAAAGGCCUUCAGCAGCUCCAGCAACAACCCUGAUGACUACCGCAACAUGACUAUGACUUGGUCACAGUUUAACAGGGAAAGCUUGCCAGGAAGGAACUUCACAUUUUGGCAGUGGUUUGAUGGUGUGAUGGAACUCACAAAAAAGCAUCUCAAACCACACUGGAAUGACGGAGCCAUAUUGGGCUUUGUGAACAAGCAGCAGGCUCAGGACAUGCUGAUGUCCAAACCCAACGGUACUUUCCUUCUGCGAUUUAGUGACUCUGAGAUUGGAGGAAUUACAAUUGCCUGGGUGGCAGAAAAUCCUAACAAAGCAGGUGAGAGAAUGGUUUGGAACCUCAUGCCCUACACAACCAAAGACUUCUCCAUUCGCUCUCUGGCUGACCGCAUCAGCGAUCUCAAUCACCUCCUGUUCCUCUACCCCGACAGACCCAAGGAUGAGGUUUUCUCCAAAUAUUACACCCCACCACUCUCCAAAGCAGUGGAUGGCUACGUGAAACCGCAAAUCAAACAAGUGGUGCCCGAGUUUGCUACAGCCAAUCCAGACCCAGCAACUGGGAACCCAACCUAUAUGGAUCACGGCGCCUCCCCAGCCCCUGUCAAUCACCCUCACACCUACGGCAUAUACCCACCUAUGAGUGACUCUAUGUUGGAUGCGGACGGAGACUUCGACCUGGACGACACCAUGGACGUGGCGAGGCAUGUAGAGGAGCUCCUUCGGCGGCCUGUAGAGAGCCAGUGGGGCGGCCAACAGUCCUGACCUUUGACCUUUUAACCCGUGACAACACCAAACAAACCCUGCCUCCCAACUUGCCCCACUCGCAUUGACAUUUCUCGUGGUUUAAUUCCAUUCAUUUUUGUUUUUUUUCUUUUUUUCAGAUAGCUAUAAUGUGAAAUGUUAAUAAUGGUUGUGAUUUAUUUUUUUCAGCAUGAAGCAUGCAUGUCAGUGACUUCUCUUAGUUUUAUUUGUGUCUAUAAGUGUUUAUAAAACAGACUAGGCAUAAUGCAAAACCUACAAUGUUACAGUAUUGUGAAAAAGAAAAGAAAAGGUAAUGUUCAUUCACAUUGUGCAUGCAUUUCCAAUUGAUUUUGAACAGAUUUUAAAAACAUAUGCUACUGUAUGAAGUCAUUUUAACAGUUAAAUGUUUUUAUUUUGUUAUAUUUUCUUCUUUGUAAAUGGGUUAUCAGUAUUUUGAUAGUGACAUUGAACUUGCCCUUUGACAAAAAAAGAAACUUUAAUGUAGAGUAUUGCUUUUGCUCUUAACAACAUUAUCUGAUUAAUUGCUCUGCAGAGUUACAGUCAGUUUUCCAAAUCCAUAUACACUAACCUAAAGGCAGUGACUCUCUUUGCUCUCUGCAACUGACAGCACACACAUCAGCACGCGGUACACAUGCUCAAGUGUACGAUGUAUUUGUUCUGAUUUGUUCACCAGCUGAAACCCAGGAGGGGGGUUUGUGCACCUCCCUCACUCUCACAGGGCUAUCUGUCUUCUCUUUGUACACAGAAAUGCAAAUCUAAGCAUUUACCCAGCGCUGCCUGCUUGUCCUCUCAGGUCCCUCUGUUCCCGUCAUCAAUGCUACCUCGCAUUAUUCUACUGACAGUCAUAACUAUUGGUUCUGUUGUUGUUUCUGCACCACAUUCACACCAGUAGGUACGCUCAUUGGUUUUGUUCUUGUAAUUUGUGUUAUUAUGUGUGAAGAAGAUCCCUUGCUGCCUAACGCUAACUUUGUUGGCUGUUUUAUGCUUGAAAUGUUUUAUGUCUGGUCGGUAUGCCUGAAUAUUCAGGGCUUUGCUGCUCCCUUCUGACUUUUCUGCUUAUCUGUCCACUUGUCCCUGUAGCUGUGGCAUGACACUGUGGCAAAACCGGCAAGUUUGAAGCUGAAGUUGCAAGGCAUAGAUAGAUAGGUGCAGGCUUUGAAUGCUUGCACAGACUCACCAGCCGCUGGGUCACAUAUAGAGCUCAAGGAUAUGGUGGCUUUUGUUUUUGUUCAAGAUUAAUUUUCAUUGUGCAUCCCCAAUUUGCUACACAUAGAAGAUAAAAAUAAUUUGUCUUGUAGAAAAGUUUGAGACUUUUACCCUACUUCCUCCUCUGACAAACACAUACAUGCGUGCACACACACACACACACACACACACACACACACACACACACACACACACACACACACACACACACACACACACACAACGCUGAACAGAAAAUAUGUCAUUGACAACAGCCUUGCACCUCAGGAAUGAAUUGCUUUGCUUAGCUGAUGUAUAAGCCAAAUAGAAAAUGAUCUAUGUAUACAGUACAGAAUAUAUGAAUUUAUUUUCUCUAUCAUAAUUCUAUUUUAUUAUUGUUUCUCUGGCACUCCCCUAUUGAAUGUAACCCCUUUGCAUGACCAUGUUGAGGAUAGCUCCUCAGUCUGAACAGAAGUCUCAUGUCACCAGAAGUACCAGUUGAAAAAGGACACAGAGCAACUGGAAAUCAGAGAAGAAUUUAUGAUGUACUUUUGUGUUUGUCCGACAGACAUUACAGUAUUAAAGAUAGUCCCUCGUCUAUCUUUUCAUUUCUUCCUCAAAUAUUUUUUGUAUAUCGCUUUCUUUCCUGUUCUUGAAAUCUCAAGCUACAUCGGCAGUCUUGUGAUAUACCCUUCAUUACCAUAAUUCUCAUCAUUUUUAAGCUUUGUUCCACUGUAGACUGUGUAUUUUUUGAUGAUGUAGAUGACGCUGUGUGCUGUUCGAUGUAUGUACCAUGUUUGUGGUUUGGGUUUAUCACUUGGAGGUUUUCCAAGAGAAACAGCUGUUGAGUUUCAAUGAAGAAAAUAAAGUUUUAUAAAUAAUUUUAGUUCAACCUGUAGAAGUACAGAAGAUUUUGAUGUCACUACAAAAUAAAUGCUAUUUUUUUA